ACGUUGCCUUGCGCUGUCGAACAUAUGUGGCCCACAUGCUUGUUAUCCCCAGCUAAUUACUUUGACUUGGUCCUUCAACCUCAUAAUAAUUCUGCAAAGAUUUCUCAGUAUAUCCUUCUUUGCUUCAUUGGUUUUGCUGCUUUCCUCUCUAUUCUCUUUCCUCUUUACAACUAGAGUUGUACUUCCUUUCAACAAAAGAAUAUAUGGCAGUGGGAGAGAUCUUUCUUGCGGCAUUCCUUCAGUUGCUGCUGGACAGGUUAACGCCUGGGGAGAUCCUUGGCUACUUUGGAAGCUUGGGAGGAGUUGGCAAAGAGCUGCAGAAAUGGAGGGGAACACUGUCCGCAAUUGCAGCGGUGCUUUCCGAUGCGGAGGAGAAGCAGCUGACGAGCGAGGCAGUGGAUCUGUGGCUGAAUGACCUGAAACACUUGGCUUAUGAUCUGGACGAUCUACUCAACACCUUUUCGAAUGAGAUGUUAGAACGCGAGCAGCUCAAGCUUCACCAAACUGGCACAAGCAAGGUACGAGGCUUCUUUACCAAAGUUCCUCACAAAGUUAAGUUCAAUUUCAAUAUGAACUCCGAAGUAGACGAGAUUGCUAAUCGGUUGCAAGACAUAGUUGACCGGAAAGAGAAACUCGGUUUGAAAUAUAUUGAGCAAACCUCUACGUCAACAUCGUCAUCAAAAAGAACACCAAGUUCGCCUGUGUUGGAUGGAUCUGUGGUUGGGAGAGAUGAAGACACAGGAAAGAUUGUGGAAUUGUUGUCCAGAAAUUCUGAUCCUUCUUCUCCCACAAAUUAUCAAGUUGUUGCCAUUGUUGGUAUGGGUGGACUCGGCAAGACAACGCUUGCGGGACAAGUCUUCAAUGAUGUAGUUGCAAUGAAACAGUUUGAUGAUCUCAAGAUCUGGGUUUCAGUAUCCGAUAACUUCGAUCUUCAAACGGUGACGAGAGCUAUUUUUAAGGAAGUUACAUCUCGGCCUUGUGAUAUGGAUGAGUUCAGUCGACUUCAAGAUAAUCUGAGCAAGGCGAUAGAUGGUAAAAGGUUUUUGAUUGUUUUAGAUGAUGUCUGGAGAACAUGUGAUUAUGAUUCGUGGACAAAACUGCAAGCGCCCUUCCGUGGGGGAGCUAAGGGAAGUAAGAUAAUGGUGACAACACGUGACGAAAAAGUUGCAAUAUUGAUGGGAGCCCCAGCCGGUGAUGUUUAUCAUUUAAAGACUCUAUCAGAUGAAAGUUGUUUGCAAGUAUUUGAGCAGCAUGUUAGCAAUGACAGGCCACCGAAUUUUGAGUUGCUUAAGGAGAAAAUUGUUACGAAUUGCAAUGGAUUGCCAUUGGCUGCAAAAACUCUUGGUGGUGUUUUACGUUGUGAAGAAACUGGCAAGUGGGAGGAAAUACUGAAUGACAAAUUAUGGAGUAUGUCAGAUAGGAGUAAGAUACUCCCAGUACUGAGAUUGAGUUAUCAUUAUCUCCCUACACCUUUGAAGAGGUGCUUUGCCUAUUGCUCAAUACUUCCCAAUGACUAUGAAUUUGGGAAAACCCAAUUAAUCCUUCUGUGGAUGGCAGAGGGUUUCCUUGAGCAACCAGAAGGGACUAAAGCAAUGGAAGAUACCGGUGACGAAUAUUUUGGCGAGCUACUAUCUCGGUCAUUAUUUCAAAAGGCGGGCAAAAACAGUUCAUGCUACGUAAUGCACGAUCUUGUUGCUGAUUUGGCACGAUGGGCUGCUGGAGACACAUUUUGCAGAUUGGAGGAUAAACUGCAUGGUAGAUGUUCUACAAAUACUCGUCAUCUAACUUACGUUUCUGGUAAGUUUGAUGGGGUAAAAAGAUUUGAGACACUUUCUGGAGCAAAACGCUUGCGGACUUUCCUACCACUUCUUGUUUCCGGUGGUUAUGAGAAUUAUCUAACUCGUUAUGCUACUUUUGAUUUAUUGCCACAAUUGAAGUACUUGCGGGUGCUCUCCUUCAAUGGCUAUAAACUGACCGAGGUGCCAAAUUCCGUAGGUAAGUUGAGACAUCUACGGUACCUUGAUCUUUCUCACACAUUAAUAACGAGUUUGCCAGAGUCAACAUGCAUGCUUUACAACUUACAGACGUUAAUAUUAGAGAAUUGUUCAAAGUUGAAGACCCUACCUUCAAACAUGAGCAAUUUAUCUAAUUUACGUCAUCUCAACAAUUCAAACAUGCCUUCAUUCGAAGAAAUGCCUCCCCAAGUAAGUCGGUUGACUCGUCUGCGAACUUUGCGUAAUUUUGUGGUGGGGAAACGUAGUGCAUCAAGGAUUGGAGAGAUAGGGUCAUUGCAUCUUCGUGGGACCUUGAGCGUUGGAAGAUUGGAAAAUGUGAUUGAUGUUGGGGAUGCGAAGACGGCUCAAAUAAUGAACAAGGAAGGGCUGAAUACCUUGCAAUUGGAAUGGAGUGGCACAAGUGAGAAGGAGUCGGAGGUGCUGUGCAGUUUAGAACCUCAUAAAAAGCUUCUACAUCUCACUAUCAAAGGUUACAAUGGUUUCGAAUUUUCAAAAUGGAUUGGAUAUCCUUCAUUCUCUGAUAUGACAUUUGUGAAGUUGGAGAAUUGUAAAAAUUGUCAAUUCUUACCUCCUCUCGGCCAAUUACCAUCUCUGAAAAACCUUUGGAUAGAAGGACUGGCCAGUGUUGAAAGUGUGGGUGUUGAGUUUUACGGAGAGUGUAGCUUGCCUUUUCCAGUGUUGGAAGCCCUGAUUUUCAAGGAUAUGCAAAAUUGGAAGGAGUGGCUUCCUUGCAAAAGAGAUGAAGAAAUUCAAGUUUUGCCAUGCAUGGAAAAGCUUUUGGUCCUUAGUUGCCCCAAAUUGGAAGGUUGGUUACCCAAGAUCAUGGAUUCAUUAUCAGAUCUGCGUAUACGUGAAUGUGAAGAGUUAGUGGUUUCAAUAGCCAAUUAUAAACAUCUUCGUAAGCUGUUCAUCGACGGUUGUAAAAGGGUGGUGCACAGAAGUGGAGUUAAGUUUGAGUCACUGGAGGAUAUGGGGCUUUAUAAUAUUUCAGAGUUCAGACUCGAAAUGGACGGGUUCAUCAGAGGAUUGCCAAAGCUUCAAAAUUUGUGGAUUACUGGUUGUGAAGAGUUGACAUGUUUAUGGGAGAAUGAGGAUAGAUGGCUGCAACGUGGGAUUUCUAAUAUUAUUGGAGGCAACAUGUCUGACUCCCCCUCUCACUUUAUUCAAGAGCUAAGAGCACUCAAGCAACUUGUGUUAACUGGAUGCUCAAAUCUAAUUUCUUUACCAGAAGCUAGUUGGCCACCUUGUCUUGAAUAUGUAAAGAUGGAGUCGUGUAAUUCUUUGACAUAUUUCGUAAGGUAUCAAGUACCGUCAAGCAUAAGAAGAAUAGAGAUAGCAAAAUGUCCAAAUUUGAAACUAUUAGUGAAACUACUGGAGGGUUGUCUGGAGCACUUGAAGAUAACAGAGUGUGCAUCUUUGAUAUCCUUAUCAGGCAAAGGAGGCCGACUACCCAGAACGCUCAAAUAUCUUUAUUUACGUGACUGUCAACAAUUGGAGUCAAUAAGCAAAACAUUCCACGAUGACACUUGUCUUGGAGAUAUUAGGAUAAAGAGGUGUGCAAAUCUCAAAUCCUUACCAGAGGGGCUAUGCCAUCUCUCCGCUCUUCGCAUUUUACAUAUAGAUGAAUGUGGAAGUCUCGUGUCCUUCCCAAGAGGAGGGUUGCCAUCCAACCUGAUAGACUUUCGUAUCGACAAUUGUGAUCAAUUGGAAGCCCUCCCCAGAGGCAUGGACAACCUCAGCUCUCUUCAGACUUUAUUGUUGGAAUACUGUGGAGGUAAUUUGGCAUCCAUUCUAGAAGAGGGUUUCCCACCCAACCUAAUUAAUCUUCAUAUUUGGGCUCCCAAAAGCUGCAAGCCUCUCUCAGAGUGGGGGCUUCACCACUUGGACAGACUCACCUCUCUUAAAGGCUUGUGGAUCGGUGGUGUAGAUCCAGAUCUGGUGUCCUUUCCGCCAAAGGAGGUGCUGCUCCCUAAAUCUCUCAUUCAACUCGAGAUUGGAGAGUUCCCAAAUCUGAAGCGCCUGUCAUCAUCUUUUCAAUCACCUCUCUUGAAUCCCUUUCCAUUGGUUACUGCCCAAAGCUAGCAUCUAUUAUUCCAGAAAAAGAGGAUCAUCUGCCUCUUUCACUUACACAGCUUCGCAUCCGUGAGGGCUGUCCGCUGCUCACAAAGAAAUACCAACCAGGUAAAGGACGACACUGGCCCAAACAAAUCCCUUACGUUUAUGUUGGAGACUUCAAGGACGAAGCCGACGCCGACCGCCGCUGGGCAUAGAAAUCAAACUAUAGUACAAGGUUGAGCAAUGGAUCGACCAGCUCAAGAGUCUUGAUCCACGCACCCUUCUAAUUCUGGAUUAAGGGCAGCAGCAAGUAAAAGGUGGAGAAAGUUGUUUGCAAUGAGAGGACCUCAAGAAUUUUGAUCUGGGCUUCUAGUUCUGAAGUUUUGAAGCUUGUUGUGGGAUUUUGCAUGCGUGUUGAAGGUCAGCUUCUUCAAGCGCGGUUGUGGGAACAGAGCAGGCUUCAGAACUAAAGGAGCAAAUUUUUUGGAAAACAGUGUGGAGAGUUAGAGAAUUAUAUCAGUUUGGGGCAUUUUCAAGAAGCGAAGGUACUUAGUUUUGCAAAUUUCAGGCAGUCUGAUCUGUGGUUUUCUCUGUAAUCAGUGCUUGGGGGUUGCAUAUAUUCAAGAAGUAGGGGUUGCAUCCCUUACAAAUCAGAUCAUCUUCACGUCUACAGAGCCUAUGGAGUUCAAUUCCCAAACACCACCAUCGUCAUCGAACUAACUUUACUACUAGUUGUGACUAUAGACCUGCAAGAAGUACAAGAUUGAGAAAGUGAGUUGAGUUGAGCAAUGGACCACCUCAAGAGUCUUGAUUCACGCACCCUUCUAAUUCUGGUUUAAGGUUAUUUCUGAAAUUGUUGAAAGUUGCCGUGCACAUGACUACACAGAUGUUGUGUUGGUGCAUGAACAUCGUGGUAAACCUGAUGGUUUGAUUGUAUGCCACCUUCCAUAUGGACCAACAGCUUAUUUUCAACUAUG